AUGGCUCCGACUCUCACCUCUAACUCAUUUCUCCUUGCCACUACACCUCACAGCAAUCUCGCUUCACUCAAAAACCCUAGGAGAUUGAUCGUAAGUGCGAAGAAAUCCGAUGUAUCUUCUGCCGAAGAAGAUAGACCCAUCGAACUCCCCUUCUCUAUACCUUCAUUUAUCUCCACCGACGAUGACCCUACCACUCUCCAACUCACCACCAGCUUUCUCCUCACCGGCGCUGUCUCCAUCUUCCUCUUUCGCUCCCUCCGUCGCCAUGCAAAGCGUGCCAAAGAACUGAAAUUUAGGUCUAUAAGAACAGAAACUAAAAAGACGUUGAAGGAGGAGGCACUUGAGAGUUUGAAAGCAAUGACGCCGGUUGAGGGAAAUGCUCCUCCGUUACCUCUUCAGGCGUUGUUGGGAGGUUUGUCUGCUGGAAUUAUUGCAAUUAUUCUGUAUAAAUUCACCACCACCACUGAAGCUUCUCUGAAUCGUCAAACCAUUUUUGACAAAAUCAUCCCCAAUUCUUAA